UUCAUCAUCACCAAGUUGGCGCGAAUUUGACCACAUUUCCCGCUCCCUUCUACUUCGUAUGAAUCAAUCCUCGACUGCAAUUUGAAUACGAUCAACGCCGGAGGUGGCAGCUCUUUGAAGAUCUGCGAUUUGGAACCAACAAAUAACUCAUUUCUCAUGCCUGCCUAAGCCGAUCCUCAUCUUCAUCUUCAUCAAUUAUGUUGAGAGGACGAGAAAGUUUGGUCCGCUUGAUUGGAAAACGGCGGCGCUUCCUUCCUAAUCGCCUAGCUCUUCUCUCCUCUCCCGUCGAGAGCUCUUUAAAUCUCUGCGCUGAUGAAGAUUCCAAGCCCCUUCCGGUUGAGACGAUUCUGGACGCUCAUAAAGAUGGGGACAUUGGAACCAGUGAUUCUGGGAAAUAUGUUACUUGCCCAGUUUGCAGCAGCAGAGUAAAUGGGGAAGAUUCCAUUAUCAACUCCCAUCUGGAUGCAUGCUUAUCUAGGGGAACGAAGCGGAAGUUGACACAGAGCACUCUUCUUCAAUUAAACUUCUCUCCUCGAUCAAAAGUUAAGCAUCAAUCUUGUGUUCUGAAAUUAGAGAAAAAUGAGUCUUCUGCAGAUCCUGAUGACGAUCUAAUGGAAAGUGUUGUCCACAGACUGCCUACAAAUGCCUCUCAUAAUGAAAGUAGUGACAAAAUUCUGUGUGAAUCAUUAGUAGAAUGUGUAGAGCAGCGACAGAGGGACUGUCUAUUGGAUACCCCAGAUAAUAGUGAAAGAACUAAUGGUGCUACAGAAAUUUGUUCUCCCAAGAAUAAAGGAAUUACAUCUGAGAUCGUUACUGACAAGGAUGAUUUAUCUGGGGUGAUUCUUGAAACUUAUAUUGUUGGUCGUAAGUUUAGUGAUGAAAAGGAGUUAAAUCUUGGGGCAAACAUCUCUCUUGAAAGAGAUCCUACCAAUGUAAAGGAUCCCAAUGCCAUCAAGGUUAUUUCUGCAGAUUCUGGAUGUUGUAAGAUGCUUGGGUUUCUCCCACGUGAAUUAGCUAAGUUUUUGUCUCCUUUGAUUGAGAAAUGUUGCCUAAGCUUCAAGGGAUUUGUGACUACUACUCCCAGAAGUUCUGUUGACGUUGUGCCCAUAGAGAUCAUGUGUGACAACAUCAAAUCAUUUCAUGAAAAUAGUUGUGAUGUUGAGGAGUUCAAAAUUUUGUGGAGAAGUGUUCAGCAAGUAAUUGAUUCUAUGAAGAAUUUCACACCUAAUGCACUGAAAUAUCAGAAGAACUUUUGUCUGUUAGUACAAGAAGUUUUACAGUGUUAUACCCAUUUAUUGUCAGAUGAUGAAAAACAUUUUUUAGAUUUAUUCAGUUCACUAUCAGAUGAUAGUCAGAGGCUUUUUAUUCGGCUUUAUAUGCGGAAAGGACCAUGGUUUCGGAUGUCUUGUACUUCUUACAAAGAAAUAUCGGAUCCUAAACAGGCAGUCAAAGAGCUCUCAGAUGCAGGUUAUCUAUGUUGCUUUGAUAUAAGUGAAGCAGAUAACAGUGACAUGAUCCAGACUUUGAAUCUUCUCACUGUCCCUGAGCUACGUGAAGUUAUGUGCAUGCUGAAGAAGAAUUGCAGUAUUGGCGUGAGAAAAGAUGAUAUUGUUGCCUCUCUUUUGUGCUCUUACAAAGAUGGACUAUGUCCACUACUUCCAGAUCUAAUUUUGGGAGUAACAGGUAUCUGCAUUAGGAUAUCAUCAAAAGCUGAGUUGCUUAUCUGGCGUGCUGAGAGGCUUUUCUUCCUCAACGGAGAGCAGGAUUUGUCAGCCUUUCUGCUUGUUGAUAUGGGAAUAGUCAAGUAUCCAACUUACAGCUGCAUAAUUUCAGAUCAGAUUUUCGUGAAUCGAAGUGAUUUGCUUGCUUAUGAAGAGGCGAUUGAAGUUGCACAACUAAUUGAUCAAGCUCUUGAUGAGAAGGACAACAAAAUGGUUAUAAGAUGUGUAUCGAUUGCUGACUCUCAUGUGAAGCCAAAUCAAUUUACUACCCGUGAAUCAGUUCCACUUUGUUCAUGCUUUUCAGCAUCAUGGAUUUUUUCAAAAGUGGUCUCUCUUGGAGUUUCCUUUCUUGAGCGUGAGAAUAGGUACAAUGAUGCAGUGCUACUACUUAAGCGAUUGCUAAAUUGUUACACUUGUGAUGGAAGAAGAGGAUUCUGGACGUUAAGGUUGUCAAUUGAUUUGGAGCAUAUGGGCUAUCCCAGUGAGAGUCUCUCAGUAGCUGAGAAUGGGUUGUUGGAUCCAUGGGUUCGAGCUGGUUCGAGAAUGGCAUUGCAAAGGCGUGUCCUUCGCUUAGGAAAACCACCGAGGCGGUGGAAAAUCCCUAGUUUUGCUGAGUCUAUAAAGAGGAAAAUCACAGAGGUACACAUUCAAGGGCGACCGUUGAACCGUGAAACGGGUAUGAAGAGCAGGUUUUAUGGAGAAAGUGGUGAUCAAUGUUCAGUGGAGCAGCUUGCACUCGAGUAUUAUAGUGGGGAAGGAGGUGGAUGGCAAGGUGUUCAUUCAGAAAGUGGCAUUUGGUUAACCAUUUUUGGACUUCUCAUGUGGGAUGUCAUAUUUUCCGAUGUCCCCAAUGUCUUUCGCACAAAAUUUCAGAUUGCUCCCCUGGAUUUUAGGACAGAUAGCUUCUAUUUAUUGAGACAGAAUAGUAUAGAAUCUCAACUACAGCAAAUUCAAGAUGGCAUGGGUGAAGAGAUCCUUAUUACGUCUUGGGAAUCACACAAGGGAACAGCAUGUACUGGAGUUAACUGGGACCAACACUCACUAGCCGAGCUUCGGGCAGCUGUAACAUGCAUUGGUGGCCCAUGUAUGGCUUCACUCUGUCGGCAUCUCGCACAAGAUUAUCGAAGCUGGUCAAGUGGAAUGCCAGAUUUGUUGCUGUGGCGCUUUCAUGGUGAAUACAGUGGUGAAGCUAAGCUUGUUGAAGUAAAAGGUCCCAGAGACAGACUCUCUGAACAGCAGCGAGCAUGGCUAUUGCUUCUAAUGGAAUGUGGCUUCAAAACAGAAGUCUGCAAAAUCACCCCCAUCCCGAAAUCAGCUUAAAAGGUCGAUAAUCACUAGAACAGGCAAAUCAAGGCUUUCUUCAAACCAAGACUACUCGAGAAACAAUCGUACCUUUGUUGAGAAAUGGUACAAGGAUGACUGUCAAAAUCCAAGUAUUCAUAGAUACAAAUAAUGACUCAAAAUCUGCCAACUAGUGGGUUGGUUGGAAUUCUGGGCAGCAGAAAAUGAAGAAAUCAAGAUCAUCCUUAGAUCCCCAAGUAAAUGCAUUGAAAGGUACAUGUGUUAUGAAUAGAAGAUGAAGUGGUACCUCCCUAGAUUUCAGGACAAAGAUUAUGAAAAGCUUUCAAGAGCUGAGCUGUAUUUGGAGUAUAGUUAUCCUGGUGCUUUUUUCACCAAUUCUCUGUGAUAAUUACUUAAUUAUCACUUUGUAGGGAAGCCAUAAUAGACUUGAUUGUUUGAGGAUAAUAUAUGAACUAUAUUUAGGUGCUGAGUGGUUAGCAAUCUUCGUGCUAUUACA